UACAAGCAAACAGUUGUGACAGUAAAAAUGUAUUUUUGACAGCGCCAUUCAAACUCUCGCCAGAGUUUUUAACAGCUUCAUCCAAAAUAUAAAAUCUUCCACAGCCAAGAAGAACAAAUCGAGUAAAGAGCUGGUAAAGAAAACGAGUAUAGUAAUCCAGACGAACAAACUUUCAAUAGUUUUAAGGAACGAACGAUUUGGGAGGUUAUGAAUGACAUUGAUGGGUUUCGGUACCCAAGAAAUCCUUUAUCCACCAAUCACAACCAUAAAGGAAACGACUUAUCUUCAGAAAGAAAAAGAUCCCAGAGAGGUACAGACGUUAUUAACUUUAUCGAUAGAAACAUCAGGCGAGCUAGUAAAACACAGAAAAUUGAGUACGAUCUUGAAGAACCAGAUAAUAACUGCUCUCGACGUGGGUCUAGAAAAUCUAGUACUCCCAGUACAAAGUCCCCACCUCCGUCAAGAAACAGAAGGAGUACACCCAUAAUUGAGGAAAAUAUACCAAAGCCGACAGAAAACAAUACAUUAAUGAAAGAUAUGGCCCAAAAAGUAUCAAAUUCUCCACGAGGCUCAAAAGGUAGUAACCAUUUGCAAAGCAAGAAUUUGUUCCAGAGAUAUCUUAACGACGAUUUUCCAGAAACUGAAAAUAAAUUAACUAAAUCAUCUGGCAAAGGGUAUGGAAAGUAUAAUAUCAAACUGACAACAUGUAAGGCUUGUAUGGAGAAAUGGAAGGAGCCUUUACCUGCACCAAAAACUCCAAAGGUGAAGAAGUCUAGCGUGGUACCCAAUAUAGAAGAUGAUCCGCUUAAAACUAACAGUAAGAACAGAGUCGACAUGCUCAUCAAUAAAGAGCUCUACACACUGGACUCUUAUAACAGAAGAUUCUCGUCGAAGAGUUGUGGCAGUAGAUCAUCUACAAAAGACCGAUCUAGUGAUUCUAACGAAAACGCUAACCGUAAUCCGGUGGUUUUGGCUAAAAAACAACAAGAGAUUCGAGACAAGGAGGCGCAGAAGAAGUUAGAACGAUUUUUAAAGGAACCAAUUUGAAAUACACAAUUGAACUACAAUAUAUAUUAUAUAUUGUACUAUAUAUACA